AUGCGACUCGCUCCUCGUGGUAAGCCAAGUAAACGAAAGCUACGAAGCCCGAGAGGACAGGAUGCAAAGGUCGUGUUGCGUCGUUUCAAAGAAUGGACUUUAGUACACAUACCCCGAGAGCAAAAUUGCGAGGUCGAUGCCCUCGCAAACUUGGGGUCCUCCACCGAAGAAGAAGACCUGCUCCCCGGAACCGUCGUCCAACUGUUCAAAUCGGCGGUCGAGGAUGGCCACGCGGAAAUUAACUCCACCAGCUUGACAUGGGACUGGAGAAACAAAUACAUCGCUUAUCUGAAAGACGGAAAAUUUCCCGCGGAUCCAAAAGAGUCAAGGGCCCUACAAACCAAAGCGGCCCGAUUCUCACUCGACGAAAAUGGGGCCCUUUACAGGAGAACUUUCGAUGGUCCCCUGGAGAUAUGCUUGGGAUCGGGCGACACGGAAUACGUACUUCGAGAGAUCCAUGAGGGCACCUGCGAAAAUCAUUCCGGGGCCGAUUCCUUGGUCCGAAAAAUGAUCCGGGCGGCCACUAUUGGGAUAGCAUGGAGAAAGACGCCAAGGAAUUCGUCCGAAAAUGCGACAAGUAUCAAAGGUUCGCCCCCAUGA